AUGCCAACGCAUGUGGAUGCAUGUCCGACGAAGCAGGUAGUAAAGAAAUUCGUUCAGAGCGUGCCGUGUCCUCAGGCGAAGCCUAAGAAGAAGCAAGGGGUACCAUGUCCGGCGAUGGAAUGUAAGAAGCCUCCGAAGUACACGGAGGAAGUGUCGUGUCCAACAACGGAACGUAAAACGGCACCGAAAUGCGUUCGACAAACGGUGUGCCAGCGAAAUGGAAAGGACAAGACUCCGAGGCAAGGGCAGAAAGUAUUCUGUCCUGGAAAGGAAUUCAAAAGAACGGUCAAGGGAUGCCCGAAAUGCGAAAACAAUCGAAUAGAACACCUGGAAUGCGAAGUGUACCAGCUGCGAAGAGAAAUGGAGCGCAUGAAACAGGAGCGGAAGUCCGCCGAAAAAGCGGUUCAGAAGGCCAUUCUUCGUGGCGCGCGAGCCCUCGGCGGAAGAUUUAAACCUAUCGUUCCGGGCUCGAUCGAGAAACUUUUGGAUAGUUGCUGCAGCGAUUCGUCUUCUACGUCGACGUCGGCUUCGGUCUCGUACUGUGGAGCAAAAUCGGAGCAUCUGCCGUGCGGGCAUAAAGCGCCGAAGAAGGAGGACUCGCAUAUCUGCUGCCAGGCGUCUUGCGCUCGUUAA